AUGAGUAUUCAACUCCCCCCACACAAGGUACAUGGAAAAUCCAUUUCCAAUUGGGAAUUGAUGGAGAAACUGCGAAAAAUGAUCCAACCUGACAGUUUCUCCGUAUUGAAAGUUUCAAAGCACAGUUCAGAAGUGAUAAGAUUCGAUGCAGAAUUAGAGAACCGUCAAAAAUUAGAACGAGUAUUAGCCCGUCUCGAGGACAGAAUUAUAAAUUUGAAUGAUUAUCCUGAUCCUUUAAAAGUGAAAGUUUCUGAAGCCAAAUCUGAUUUUCCAAGUCGACAUUCCUGGGAUUCAUUUUUUCGUGAUGCGACUGACAUGGAUGAAAUGAAACCUGGUGAAAGGCCUGAUACAAUUCACAUAAAGUACUUGCCAAUUCGUUGGUUUGUACAUGUUCGUGAGAUGGAUGAUGAUGCUCUUCCUUCGGAGACCAUAUUUAAGAAAGUAUUCGAAAAAUAUGGCUCGGUGCGACAAAUAGAUGUACCAUCGGCGGAUCCCUUUCGGAUGCAAAUGAAAGCUCCAAUGAGAGGAAUUACAAUACCAAUUCAAGAAGGAAGUUUAUAUUUUGAAGGCUAUGUGCAAUUUAGUGAAUAUGCAGGAUUUGUGCGUUGCAUGGAUUCUUUGCGAGGUAGAAAAUUACUGCGUAAAAGUGAUGAACUGGCUGAGUGGUGUAGUAUUAAAGUAGACUUUGAUAGAACAAAGCAUAUGACAGACGCAGCAGUAAAAAGACGAGCAAUUGUUAGAGAAAGGCUGGCAGCCAGGCAGAGAGCCAAGGAGGAAGAGGAAAAGCAAGAGAAGGAAAAAAUUGCUAAAAGAGAAGCUAGAGAAAGACAAAAGAUAGAUCAUCAUGAAAAAGAGAAACUGGUGAAGAUGCGAGAAAGAGAAGAAAGACGAAAGAAGAAACAGUUGGCUAAGUUGAUGGAGCGAGAAGAUGUGGACCUCAACAAGAAAGUAGCAGAAGAACAAAGAAAACUAUUGAAAAGUCAGAAGAAAUUACAAGCAAUAAGGCUGAUUGAUGAAUUGUUUAAGCGAAUAGAGCUUCGUCCUGAGCUCCAACGCAAUGGAACAAAGCCGGAGCGCUACUACAAGGCAGAUGACAGGCUAGCACGCCUGAGGAUAGUAGAGAACUUAAAGCGGCAGCAGGAGAAAGAUCUGGAGGAACAGAGAGAGAGACUUAGACAUGCACUUGAUGGACGUAUUAUCAUCCGUUCAGCGCUUGAAACUAAGAAACCCAAACGAGACUCUUCCAUUGGCUCUAUAUCUGAUGACGAUAAAGACUACAAGCGGGUCAAAUCUGAGAAGAUGUCUCCUGACAGAGAACCCAAUUAUAAUAAGAAUCCCGGAAUGUACUACCCCAACCCGUAUGGCUUCGGCUACCCGUUCCCCGCGCCGCACGGAUACCCCUUCCCGCAAACGUCAAUGUACUACCCGAUGCGCGGCGCGUACUACCCGGCGGAGGGCUACGCGCGGCGCGCGCGCGGGCGGGCGCGCGGCCGCGGCCGCGGGCGCCUGCCGUACUUCGACGGGCCCGACGCUACACACCAGUAUUAUCAAUACUUCAAGAAGUUGAACGAGCAAGAGGGCCGCUCGCGUUCACGCUCUCGCUCGCACUCGCGCCGACGCUCGUAUUCGCGCUCUCGCUCGCGCCGCCGUUCCUACUCGCGCUCCAAGAGCAGGAGCAGGAGCCGUGGUAGGAGGUCCAGGAGCAGGAGGUCGAGGAGCAGGAGCAGGUCGAGGAGUCGCCGGACCAGGUCUCACAGCCGUUCAAACUCAAGGUCGCGGAGAAGGUCUAAGUCCAGAAGCCGAAGAUCAAAAACCAAGUCAAGGUCCAAAUCUAGCCACAGAAGCCCCACUCCCAAACAGACAGACGGUCAGAACCAAUGUAAUGACGACAGUAAAUUUCUAUCCCCAGGAACUGUAAGACAGCGAAGGUCUAAAAGUUGGUCUCUUCCUAAAGAUGGAGAAGAAAAGGAGUUGUGGUCUAAGGAC